UCCGGUCAGAGAGCGACAUCUUGGUUCGUUUGAAAUGGUUUUGCUGAUUGUUGACAUUACUCCAUCAACAAACAAUAGAAAAAUAAAUGAAAAUUGCAAUAAUGGCGAGUGAAGAACACAAGAAGCUUUCGACUUUCAUAAAAGAGACUCACAGUCGACUGCGACAGGAGUGUCAGGUGUACGGGCCCAAGGAAGCUUGGAAUCGACAUUUGUCAAGAACAAAAGACUUACAGAAUUAUGCAGAAUCUAUGAAAGAGCUGGCGACGUCUCAUUGGACACAGAACAGCGAUCCCCUCCGGAAAAACAUCUCCACGCACUGUAGAAUCCAAUGGAUCAAACGACAGUGCUACAACUACUAUUUGGAGGGAGGUAAAGGUAAAUAUGACCAACGGGAAGUCUCAAUUUCAGCUAAAAUCGAGACUCCAACGUCCCCACCGUCUCGCAGGCCUCUCACAUCGUCCCCAAGAGCACCAGACGAGCUUCUCCCAUCGAAAAUAAAAAUAAUAGACGUUGGGAGUUGUUACAAUCCCCUCGGGGACGACGAGAGCUUCGAUGUGACAGCCAUAGACCUGGCUCCCUACUCCACCCAAGUCCUCAAGUGCGAUUUCCUGGAUGUGGUGAUUGGAAACACGACAGAAGUCAGAGACAAUCGGGAACUAGUGCAACUGGAGAAGAACUAUUAUGAUGUCUGCGUGUUCUCCCUUCUACUAGAGUACCUACCAUCCCCAGACCAACGUUUCCACUGCUGCGAAAAGGCCCACGACAUCUUGAAACCUGGGGGACUGCUGAUUAUCGUCACUCCAGACUCCAAACACGUGGGGGCGAACGCCAGAAUCAUGAAGUCCUGGAGAUUUGUUCUGUCUCAUCUGGGAUUCAUGAGAAUAGCGUAUGAAAAAUUGAAACAUGUGCACUGCAUUUGCUUCAGAAAAUGCUUUGAUGAAGCUGUUGCAGCGAGGUGGGCACAGAUACAGGUCUUGGAGAGAGAGGAUUUGCUGUUCAAGGCGCUCGAUAAAAUAUUCAUCCCCCAGGACUUUCAGGAGAUUAAAGCCGAGGACGAUCAGGAGGAGAGGGAGAUUUUUUCUAGUGCGAGUGAGAACUGUAAGGGCUUUCAGGAAUUGCCUGAAUUUUUUGAUCAUCCUCUCAGUUAAAUAGGAAAGGUGAAUGUCAUUGAAUAAUACAUUUAGAGAUGUCCCUGGGGAGACUAUAAUUUGUGAAUAAUUUUUUAUGGUUACAUUCUGUAUUGGAAGUCUUCAAAUAUCAAUAUAAUACUUAAAAAUCAAGAUGAAAAUCACCAAUCAGAUUUUAACAAUAGCCUUCCCGAAAUUGUCCCCCUUCAGCAUUCCUGUGAACGCUUUAAAAGUAUUCUCGAAUCCCUCGGUGACAGUCUCCCGAUACUGGAGCUUUCCCUCUCUGAUCCACUGGAGGUUCUGCUCGAUACCCUCCAUCCACCGGUCGAGGAAGGAGGCCACACGAAUACCUCUGAUCGUCAACUCACCGCUCACUAUUCCCGGCUGGAUGAUCGUUGCUUUUGGAAGGGUUGAUAUGUCCCUCUCGUCCUCAUUGUAGGAAGAAAUACUGCCCACUACCGAGACACGUCCCAUCUGCUUCAUCUGAUAGAUGAUUGUGCUGGAUAUCUGCCCACCCACCUGCAACAUCAUCAGACCAGCUUCUUAGUAAUUAUUAAUUAUUAUUUAAUGAUGUAGGGAAAUAUUUCCAAAUCUCGUUUACAAAAAAAAAAUGAAGUAAAGAGUGUGUGCUUACGUUAUCAAAGAAACAAUCAAAGCCUUCUGGAGCCGCUCUUUUUAGUUCUUCUCCGAUGUUAGCCGUUUUGUAAUUUAUCGCGUAAUCGAAACCCAGUUCGUCAGUCAACCAUCGACAUUUCUCCUCAGAUCCAGCUAUCCCAAUCACUCUCAUGCCCUUGAUCUUUCCGAUUUGCCCCACGUGGGAGCCCACAGCACCAGCAGCUCCAGUCACGACUAGGGUUUCACCUGCCUUCGGUUUACAUACCUCGAGAAGUCCGAAAUAUGCGGUAUUUCUUCAUAAAAUAGUAAUAAAACUAGUCAAUGGUAUUAUCAGAGAAAAAAUAUCAAAUUUCAAUUUCAAAAUAUAUCUUUUUUAAAUUCAAAAAUUGAUGGAGGAAAAUAUUUUUUUCUCGAUACAUUAUUAUGUAUGAGAUACACUAUUUAUUACUUUUGUUUGCACGUAUCUCGUAUAUAACUAGAAGAAAAACAAUUACGUAUAUAUUUUUUUCCUUGAAUUUUCUAAUGAAAAACGUUUCUCUGCAACUAUGCAAUCUUAUUUGCCAAAUUUGAAUGCAUACCCUGGCAUCCCCGCGAUACCCAGUGCGAGCGACGGCGGAAGAUCCCCGAAAUCCGGAAUAAUAUAGGGGAUUUGAUCCAUAACAGCGGCGCCAGGAAAAGCUUUUCCAUCGAGAAUAGUGUGGCUCCUCCACCCCAACCAACCAACGACUCUCUUUCCCACCGGAUAAUUUGGAUUCUUCGAUUCAAUUAUCUGAGCGACUUGAGACCCAAGCAUUGUGAUUCCCAGGGGAUACUUUGUGAUGUACCGGCGCUGAUAAGGAUCGACUGAUAUGUACUCUGCCUGCGUCAAAUAUUCUGCAGGAGAAGACGAAAUGAUAAAAAUUCCGAAAAUUAAUUGAUUCCCCCUGCAGGUAUUUUUGGACAUGCUAAUUUUUUUUUUAAAUUUGGUUUUGCUAAUGUUUUUGAACAUUUUGAUAAAUAGCUGGUUCAAUAAAUAGUAGAACUAAUCGAUCAACCAAUCAAUAGAUGAAGGACUAGGUAAAUAAUAUAAUUUGUCCUACCUCCAUCCUUUAUUGGCGGCAGUUCUUCCUCGACGAUUUUCAAAUCGGAUGACUUGGGCUCUCCUUUGAAAUGUUUCACGAGAACCCAUUUUUUUGCAAUUCUCAUGGCGCCGGUGCAAUAAUUCCGAGUCCCCGAAACCAACUUCAACGCCAUAUUGUAUGUAUGUGAUAAUUGAGAGCCGCAGCUGAUACGUAAUGCACGGGGGGAGCACCUCAAGUAAAUAUUGCGAUCGCGUGAGUUUGUAAUGAUAAAUUCGAUUCGAUAUCGGUUGAAGUCGAUUUAUUCUUUCAUCAUCCAAAUACUGCAAAUCAUGUUGGGUGCAACGCCAGGCUCUUUUGUAAUAAUCGUUAAGCAGAAAGAUAGUGAAGUCCAUUCGUUUUCCACUGAUUUUUUGCAAUAGAAACUACUCGACUUAUUUUUUUCUGAAAAUUUCAUUUUUCUCCUUUUGACAAACAAAAAUAAAAAACAUUGAAAAUAUUCUCUAACGUAUUUAAAUAAAUUAAUUCCUAGUGAUCGAACUAUUAGAAUAGUUUCAUUACUUUUUUUCUUUCGUGCGUUUGAAAUAUCAAACACCUCCAGUGACAGAAAUAUUGCUAUCAAUAUCAGAAUUCGUUCCUUUAUUUAAUAUAAUUCAAUAAUUAUCUUCAU